GUAGUAAUUGUCUUGCAUCACGCGGAAGAACCAAACCCACGGCUAAACCAAUAAACCGCGAGAACACGCCCGCUAUAAGAAAGACAAUUACCAUAUUCAACGCACAUACCGAUAUGCGUUUUUAUAUCUUACUAUAUAGUUAAAAUCGGCAUCAAAGUAUCUGAUAUGUUACAUUAAUUUUGACAAAUAGAAACGGGAGAAUAACUCAGCUCGCGACGUGGUUGAUAAGUGACAGACCAAACAACAGCCACACGUGCUCGUUUCCUGCUUUGAAAGGACCGAAGAAUAAAACAUUAUCGCCGACAUUCUCCAUUUUCUGCCAUCUCCGGGUUUUGUUCUACCUCUUCGUUGAUUUUCGGGUGACAGAUGGAGAAGCAGCCCUUGCCAACUGACGAUGACGGGACAGGAACCACAGAGUCCGAGAUUGACUGCUAUGUUGGUGAAGAGAGCCAGCAGGGCUCGUCUGAGCCUGCCGCUCGAGCAGGAUGGAACAGUAAAAUAGAGUAUUUUUUGGCUCAGGUGGGAUUCAGCGUCGGGCUCGGGAACGUGUGGAGGUUUCCAUAUUUGUGCCAUCAAAAUGGAGGAGGAGCGUUUCUCCUCCUGUAUGUGCUGCUGAUGCUGGUCGUGGGCAUUCCCUUGUUCUUCCUGGAGCUGGCAGCCGGUCAGGCCAUCCGACAGGGCAGCAUCGGAGUGUGGAAGUACAUCUCCCCCAAGCUUGCAGGGAUUGGCUACUCCAGCUGUGUGGUAUGUUUCUUCGUGGCUCUCUACUACAAUGUGAUCCUUGCAUGGAGUCUUUUCUAUCUUGGGAACUCGUUCCAGUACCCGUUGCCUUGGGAACAGUGCCCAGAACCGGUUAACGUAACAGUAAAAGAAUGUGAAAAGAGCUCCCCCACAUCGUAUUUCUGGUACCGCAAAACCUUGGAUAUCACAGACUCAAUUGAUGAGACGGGCUCUUUCAACCCUUACAUGGUCUGCUGUCUGCUGGCGGCCUGGACAGUCGUGUGCCUGGGAAUGUCCAAGGGUAUCAAGUCCUCUGUCAAGGUGAUGUAUUUCUCCUCCAUCUUUCCCUACGUGGUGCUGUUCUGCUUCCUCGUCCGAGGGCUCCUGCUGAAUGGGGCCUUAGAGGGAAUCUCCUACAUGUUCUACCCCAAGCUGGAAAUUUGGGCAGACAUUCAGGUAUGGCGGCAGGCAGCCACGCAGGUCUUCUUUGCCUUAGGUCUUGGCUUUGGGUCCAUUAUCGCCUACUCCUCUUACAAUCCCAAGAACAACAACUGCCACCGCGAUGCCUUCACUGUCUCCACUAUAAACUUCCUCACAUCUGUGCUGGCCACUCUUGUGGUGUUUUCUGUGCUCGGCUUCCGCGCCAAAGGCAAGGCCAUGGAAUGUGUAGUCAGUAAUAUGAGGGAGUUAUCAGAGCAGUUUCGCAGUAGUAAUGUGCACCCAAACCUGAUGCCAGGCUUCAAUUACUCUGAUCCCAGUUCUGUGGCUCUAGAGGACUACAGGGCCUGGUUUAAACAGUAUGGACAUAUGGUCCCAGGCAAUUUAACAGACUGUGACCUGGAAAAAGAGAUGAAACAGGGUGUGGAGGGCACAGGUCUAGCUUUCAUUGCCUUCACAGAGGCCAUGUCACUCCUGCCUGGCAGCCCCUUCUGGUCAGCGCUCUUCUUCCUCAUGCUGCUCAACCUAGGACUCAGCACCAUGUUUGGCACUAUGGAGGGCAUUCUCGCCCCACUCACUGACCGCUUCAAAACUCUGGCCAACAACAAGACCAAAUUCACAAUUUUCAGCUGCAUCAUCGGCUUUGUAAUUGGACUGCUCUUCACCCAGCGUUGUGGGAACUACUUUGUGAUGAUGUUCGAUGAUUACUCUGCCACUCUGCCCCUCAUCAUUGUGGUGGUUUUUGAGACCUUCAGUGUGUCUUGGCUAUAUGGAGCUGAUAGGUUCCUCGAUGACAUUGAGGCCAUGCUGGGCUGGCGUCCCCAUGUGAUUUACAAGUAUCUGUGGAAAUACAUCUGCCUGAUUGCUAUGCUGGGGCUGCUUGGCGCCACCACCAUUCGCAUGUUCAUCAAACGCCCCACUUAUAUGGCAUGGAACCAAGAGAAGGCGUCUGAGGAGCCCCUGGAGUACCCAGACUGGGCUCUGGCCGUUUUGGCUAUACUCAUCAUAUUUGCUAUGAUGCCCGUGCCAGUGGGCUUGAUCCACGCUGUUCUGCAGGACAGGAGAGAGCAAACAGUCAGAGAUACAGAGACGGGUCAGUACAGCAUUGUUAGCACUGAUGACAAGUGUGAAACUCCUAUGACUGACAUGUCAGACCUGGACCGAAGGAACGGGAGCGCCGUCUCCUUUUCCUAAACACUGGACAUGAUGUCACACAGUGGGAAAGGACUUGCAGUCAAAAUGUCAGUGGGCCAUUUUUGAACAAUUUAAUUAUCUCAAAGAUUUUAGUGCAACUGUGGCACAGAAAGCAAUCGCAAAGUGGGACAAAAGAUUCCUUAUUUUAAUAUUUAAAACUUUUUCCACUUUUUUAUUAUUAUUUUUAACUUUAAAUUAAGUCCAAGGUAUCCAGAGAAAAAUACUACUACUUCAACAAGUACAACUUUUAAUAAAAAAUGUUUAAUAUGGAACAAAAAAUAACUUAUUGCUGUGUAGUAACACAGGUAACCACUAAACUGAUUGUUACGGAGUUGUACAAUGUGUUUUCAGUAUAAGUCACAGACAUCACAUCAUGUUUCUGCAUUUCUUAGUUUUGUACAAAUAGUUCACUUGUCCAUUUAUCUAAAAUAUCCUACAUGUUUCACCUUUUAUAAAAGCACUCUUGUGUGAGAUGCACCUCUUCAAUCUGAAUUUGACAAUUGUUAUGAUGUAUUUUAAGCAGGGUUUAAGUUUGUGAGUUAUGAUUUGAGUUGGAGUUACAAUUUGAGUUGAAGUUACAACAAAAAGCUAAGUCUGAAUUAAAACAGGAAAAAUGGCGGCAUCACUGUAUCUGUGUGUACGGCAACAAAACAUACAGUGCAUGUUGCACGGCACAGAUACUGUCCAGUUAGAUGCUGCACUUUUUGCUGUCGUUAGAUGUUACUCAAAUGUAGGAAUACUCAGGACGGCCAGAGAGUGAAAGGAAGAUACUGGUAAAGGGAAAUGGAUCCGUUCUAUUUUGCCACAAUGUUAUAUUUUCCUCAAAGCUAAGGAAGUAUAGUUGUACAAGUUUUGUGAGACUGUUACUUCAAGAAAGAGUUGAUUUAGCUAUGUUGAAAUUAAAUUCAACUAUUGGGUACUAUAAUUAAAAACUCACUGGUUUGGUUCUACAGUUUGAUAUCAUACUGUACUUACAGUAUACUGUUUGCAGGAGCAUACUACAAUUCAUACUGUACAUGUAUUUUAACAUACUCUGUUCAAACCAACCUGUGAUCCAACCCCUGCUAUACAGUAUUAAAGCAUUUGGUUUUUGGCUUUGUUCUACGCUGAUUGUUGCUUUACCAUCACCGUUGAUUUUUUGCCGCAUGUCAAGUGACAGAAUGGUACAAAUAUUAAGGUAAACUCCUUUUUGUAAUGUAAAUAUGUAUUAUAGAUAGUACAAGUAGAAACUCUUCAAGAACCAAUGUAAUUGCAAAUGUGCGUGAUUUUUCUAUCAUUUAUUAUGUGUAAAUUGGAAAUUUGCAUGAUAUAUUUUUUUUUUUUUCUCUGAAGUUUAGGUUAAGGAGGAAACUAGUUGCAUGUUUGUUUACACAGGCUAGACAAAGCCACUGACCACAAAGUACUCCUUUGCUUCAAUGUUAAGGAUGUAUGAUGUAAUUGUAUUUUGUAAAAAAAAAAAAAAAAAGUUUGAUUUAUUUGGUCAUUAUUGUCUUUUCGUGGCCAUCAAUGUGUAGUUUGUUUUACAUUUUCAGUGGGUUACUAUCAAAAUGAGUUGACCGUAUGCUGUUAUAUGGAUAUGUGCCAAAACUAAGUGCCUUCAGAUUUAACUAGGCUGGCCGAACAAAAUCUUAAAGGCAUUCCAGCAAAUGUAUAGUUUUAAAAAGACUAUUCUUUCGGCAGAUUCACUUUUUAAUAGUGUAUGUAGCCUGUGAGUCUGUAUAAAAUGAUUUUUUUUUUGAGGAAAUGUAAUGUAAUACCAUUGCUAUGUAAUAUAUUUUUGCCAUUUUAUUAAAAGUUUUCUUUCAGCACAACAGUAUCUCGAAACAAUUUUCGCUAUUAC